ACCAGCAGAUUGAAUCAUACCCGUGGAAUGUGGGCCGUUGGUGAUAUAUACACACACAUCAAUCCCUAUCUUCACGUCUCCAUCCAUCUAUCGAUCUAUCGCUUUCGAGCAAACAAUCCAUACCAUCGAUCGAUCGGUUCCUUCCGCCUCUCCUUCGACAUCGUGUUCACGUUGAAAGAUGAAGCUCUUUGUGGAGACCCUCGCCGGCAAGAAGAUCGCCGUGAAGGUCGACCCGUCGGACACCAUCAACGUCGUCAAGGCCAAGAUUCAUGAGCAGCAGCGCCUUACCUUUGACGACGAGGACCUAGACGACACACGCAGCGUGGCCUACUACCGCAUCCAUGAUGGAUCCACUCUCCGCCUCGGUCUGCGCCCAAGAAGGAAGAUCGAAAUCUUUGUCAAAGGGUUGGCUGGAAAGACCACUACCCAUUAUUUUGAGGAGCUGGACACCGUCGAUUGCGUCAAGGCCAUGAUCCAGGAGAGCGACGGCAUGCCCGCCGACGAACAGAGGCUCAUCCAUGCCGGGGAAACAGCUGGAAGAUGGUCGCACCCUGGCGGACUAUGCCAUCCACGACUGCGCCACAUUGCACCUCUUGCUCCGUCUCCGAUCAUGCAGCGGUCAGUGCCCAAGGCAGCCCCACGAAAGUGAGCCAGGUCAAGAUCAGGAUUCCAAUGCAGGCUCCGAUGUUAUCACUAAUGUUUCUCCUGAGGUGAAGCACCCUAAAAGCAAGAUUACAACUCCUAUUGAGGUUGCUAACUUGAGGAGGAGCUCAAGAUCCAACAAGUAUGAUGGCUUUAAGGUGAACCUUCAAUCUGAAAGCAGAAUCCAGAAAUCCAAGGCGAAAGAAGAGAUGCUUUCCCUCAUCAACUGGCGCUACCAAAAGUGAGGUUGAAGACGCUCGCUAAUUAAUCUAUAGGAAGAUGCUACUUUGCAGAAUUUCACUAUUUUAUUACUUGUAUCUUGCUUAUGGGUUAUUUUAUUGCUAGUAACUUGCCGAUGGUUUCUCUUAAGACAUGUAAUGUAAUAUUUUGUGUUUGGAUUCACAAGGUUUAAAUUUUGACAAAUAAUUAUUAUUUCUGUCAUAAUGCUAUUGAUGUUAGCC